GUUAACCGCAGUUAACCUUCUGUAAUUGGUGUUGAAGCAAUGGCUUUAUCACUUGCAGGAAAAUUCUCUCUUUGCUUGGUACUAAUGUUGGCUUCACGGCCUUUGCAUGCAGCGUCUCGUAAUUUACCUGAAGCUUCCAUUCAGCAGAAGCAUGAGCAAUGGAUGGCUGAGCAUGGACGCGUUUACGCAGACAGUGAAGAGAAGGUCAAGCGUCUAGAGAUUUUUGCAGACAAUUUGCGGUUCAUUGAAGACUUCAACCGCGCGGGGAAUCACACUUUCGAGCUGGGCUUGAACGCGUACUCGGACCGAACCAGUGAGGAAUUCCUUCAAUUUAGUACUGGAUUGUUGUUGCCAUCGACUCCCCGCCAAAAAAAGACGUCGUUCAUGUAUGAAAACAUUACCCACAUCCCCGAUAGCAUGGAUUGGGUGGCAAAAGGAGCCGUAAAUGCUAUAAAAAACCAAGGUCGAUGUGGCUCUUGUUGGGCUUUCUCGGCGGUAGCGGCAAUAGAAUCGAUUACCCAGAUCAAGACUGGCAAGUUACUGGAACUAUCGGAGCAACAAUUGGUAGACUGUACUACAGGAAACUAUGGUUGCGCCGGGGGUUGGAUGGACACCGCCUUCGACUACAUUAUACAAAAUGGAGGCAUCACUUCUGAAACUAACUAUCCCUACAAUGCAUCGGACGGAAUAUGCCAUGCUCCCACGGCAUCCUCGAGCGUGGCCAAACUUGUGGGUUAUGAGGAUGUCCCUGCCAACAAUGAGGGGGAGAUCUUGAAGGCUGUGGCGAUGCAACCAGUCUCAGUUGCCCUUGACGGCAGUGGGCGGGAAUUCCAGUUGUACUCGAGCGGUGUUUUCAAUGGGAACUGCGGCACCGCAAUGUCCCACGCUGUCGCUAUUGUAGGCUAUGGGACAGCUGAGGAUGGAACCAAAUAUUGGAAGAUCAGGAACUCAUGGGGCAAGACGUGGGGUGAAGCUGGCUACAUGAAGAUUCAAAGAGAUUUUGCUCAACCAGAAGGAUUAUGUGGACUUGCCAUGCAUGCUUCUUAUCCUGUUGUCUAAUUAACAAUCGAUUAGGA